AUAUAAUCUGUGGCCGUAACUAAAAAAAAAAGCAUGAUAAUCUUACAGAUUUAAGGUUAUUUUUACAUUUCUUUGUUUUUUUUAGUGAAUGGUUUAUAUUUCUGUGAAUAUAUAUUUAUUAUCUCUAAGAACUUGUUAUACUAGCUAUUUAAAUUCAUACUGAAUUAAGUUGUAUAGAAAAAACUUAGGUUACUAUUUUCAGUACCUGUGCAGCAGUUACGAUGAGUGAUACAAAGAAAUUUCUUAAGUUUAAACCAAUCAAAAAAGAGAUAGCAAAGGAAUUGGGUUUUAUAAAGAAUAUACUUUCGUGUAUGAAUUUACCUCUCCAAUCAAAAGGUAAGUUUAGUUUGACAAUAACUCUUUUUAUUUGUAUUACCAUUUUGAAAUAUCUACCUAAACGAGCUCGCAAUAUAACAGAGUUAGAGGAGAAAUUACAAAAAUUGAAAUCGCAACAUAAUUACAAUUUAAAAAACAAACUUGUGAAAAAGAGUUUAACUAGUAAAUUGAACAAAAAAAUCAAGAAAAAGGAGAGACUAAAUAAAAAUAGAGUUAAACCUAUAGUAGAUGGACCAUUUAUGGAUGCUGGCAAGACUGUUAAGGAAGAAAAACCCAAUGUUAACAUAGCAAAGCCAGUCUUUAAUGUUGACGGAAAGUUAGUGUUUUCAAAAUUUGAUUUUGCAAAUGUUGGCAAAACAGUAAAAAAAGUUGAAAAGGAUCCAAAAAAGAUUUUGCCUAAUUUGCAAGAGCAGGAGAAGAAGAUUCGUGAACUUGAAGAGAAAGGUGAUGACUCAGCAAAAAAAUUAAAAGAAAAAAUAGCUUGGAAAAGUGUUCUCCAAAAAGCUGAAGGGUUAAAAGUAAAAGAUGAUCCUAAUUUAUUGAAGAAAUCGAUAAAGAAAAUCGAACAAAAGAAAAAACAAAGCAAGAAGAAAUGGGAAAACAGAAUACAGAGUGUUCAACAGAAGAAAGAAGACAGACAAAAGAAGCGUAAAGAAAAUAUAAGUAAAAAGAAAAAGGAAAAGAAGUCUAAAGUUGUAAAGGCAGCUGUUAAAAGAGGGCGUGUCGUUAUAUAAUUUAAUGUUAGGAAUUAAACUAGUUAAAUAAAAUUUUGUUUAUUUUUAUCUUUUCAAUACAAAAAUUCAUAAAAAU